AUGGGCUUACCCGACGUGACAACCGAUGUAACUGACACCGUCCGUACAAAUUAUGUCGGGUUCGUAAGCUUUACGAUCUUGGUCUGGGACCAUAUCAUUACAUUUGCGGAUGAGGUCGAAUACGUUUGGCGCGGUCGGAAAGGGCCCAGUGAGAGCAUUGCGCUGCUUAACCUGAACCAUGUCUAA